AGGCGACACGUCACACUGCUAUGAGUCCUGUUUCCACUGGUCAACAGAAGUCUCUAAAUGACUUCCCGGAUGAAAUGCUCCUAGAAAUUUUAUCCUAUUUUGGACCAGAGGACUUAUGCCUCAUAAUUUCCAAAGUGUGUGAGCGGUGGAAUGCUCUGACAAGAGACAGAACACUCUGGAAAUCACUUUCCCUUAAAUGUAAUUAUGAUUCUGAAUUCAUGAGGGUUGUACAGGUAUUAACAGAUGUCCCCGCACUGCAUUCAUUCAACAUCUACGGACGUGAGGAUGCAGCUCAACUUUUGGAAUUUCUGUUUGAUACCUGUGACUAUCUCAAUGAACUGAUUCUCCAAUUCUGCAAUCUUGGUGAGGACAGCACUCGCCUCUUGACUGAUAUUGUAGCCUUCUACCCUGAUCUGGAAGUGUUGGUACUCAAGGGUUGUAAGCCACUUACAGAUGCUGGGUAUUCGCUCAUCCCACGCCUACAGAAACUCUCAGGACUGAACCUUUCACAUUGUAAGGAUCUAACAGGGAAAACUGUCUGUGAUAUUGUGGAAAGUUGCCAGAAUUUGAAGAAACUAAACUUGGAUGAUGUGACAAAGAUCUUUGAUGAUGAUGUAAUAUGUAUCAUCAGAAAAGUUGGAGGCCAGCUGACAUCUUUGAUCUUAGAUGGGGAAGAUCUCACAGAUGUUGCAUUUUCUUACCUUAAUAAUUGUGCCAGGCUUCAGCAACUGGAAGUGUCCUUCUGUGAAGAGAUGACAGACAAAGGGUUGCUGGAAGGGAUCGGGCCACUUCAGGAACUUAGGUCAUUGCGUCUCAAGAAAGGUCAGAAUUUGACUGCUUCUGGUUUGUCCACAUUCCUCCAUCGACCUGCCAUGGCAUGCAUAGUGGAUCUAAACCUGUCGGAGUGCAGCAGUUUGGAUGAUCAUGGUUUGGAAGGGAUUGCGAACAGGUGUGUACAAUUAAGAAAUCUGUCACUCUGUUGGUGCUGGGAGGUAACAGAUGCCGGCAUCAUGAUUCUAGUCACUCAUUGCAGUGAGCUGCGUGUGUUGGAUCUUCUGGGUGUAAUACACAUUACAGGUACAGGUUAUUUUGAAUUGGUACCUUCACAUCUUCCACACCUCGAACGAUUGAAUCUAGAGCAGUGUAGCUACAUGUGUGGAAAAUAUUUAGAAGAACUUGUGGCUGCUGUACCCGAACUAGAAGUUAUCGAUUAUUAUGGCGAUCGUGUGGUACCAGAGUGGAAUGAGUCAAGAAACUUUGCUGAGGAAGAUGAUACCUAAUGUUCAAAUGCAAACAAGGGAAAAUUCAACAAAAGUGAUUGAUGAGUCACAGAUCUUAACAGCAAAUGAAGUGUUACUACGAAGUAUUUAACCAAGUUUGGGUCCUCUGCCACAUAAGUAAUAAACUUCAAGUACAAUACAAUUUCAUAUUUGAAAUACGAGGCGUGUUCGAAAAAAUAUCGAACUUUGUAAAUAGCGUGCCAACCGGGACAGAGAGUGUGCUGCAGCUACUGAGCGCACCUAGCGGCAGGUUUUGACGACAAACUGCCAUUUGCCGCGUUCUGCUAUGAACAUUAGUCGUCGAGCUACAUCCGCUGAACUGAGCACAUGCACAAGCUGUUCGUCGGAUUAGUGACAAUGUGACAAUGAAUGUGUGUGUGAAAUUUUGCUGCAGACUUGGUAAAAAUUUUACAGA